AUGGAGCAACAGCAGCCACCGUCUCAACAGCAACAGCCAGUGCAAAUGUCUUCCACCAGUCCACCGUCGGGUGGUAAUCCCGGUGGUGUGGCGGUGCCGACAGGCACGACCACCACGACCGCACCCCCUGCCGCCCAUACUUCGACGCGGAAGAAAACGGGCAAGUUCCUCGGGUCGGCACUAAACAUCACCAAUCGGUACCGGGCGAACAGCAGCAGCCUGAGCAAGGUGAGCCUUGCCAUUACGAAUCUGAAGGUGAUCCAGUGCAAUCCAGUGCUACCGCCGCCGAUCAGUGCGAUGAUUGCGUCGGACAUACCGCCGAUCUGUAAGUUUCUGCCAUCUUAUCGACUCUGCUCCCGGAAUCCUUUCAAUCGGGAAGCGUGCGAGGCGAUACUGCGGGACUCGUUGGAUAAAUCGUUACAGGGUGUCGAGUACAGUUCGUACUUUGCGCCCUCGCUUUGUCAGCAGAUCUGUGAGGACAUCAAGUCGCGCGUCAAGGAGCUUAAGUUUGACAGAUACAAAAUCAUCGUCACCGUUACCAUCGGCGAACGGUACAUGCAGGGACUGAAAGCAAUCACCCAGUUCCUGUGGGACCCGGAGAAGGAUAGCUAUGCUACGUGCAUCUACGACGCAUCACCGAGUCUGGUUGCUGUCGGGACGAUUUACGCCAUCUAUUUCGAUUAG